AAAUGGGUCUCCUAGCAACUAUAUUGUUUACAAUCGAUGCCAGGAUGGGGGGGACGUCAGGCCCGGCCAGUGCGAACGCUGCUUUAGUAAUGUGUCCGCAGUGAAGAGUGUCAUUUGGGAAAAGCAGCACAGCCCCCCACCCCCUGUCCCCCUGCGAUGGCCCACAAGUACGACACGCUUCUUGCGGGGAAAUCUGAGUUCAGCAAAACACGCUCGGACAAGCCGCCACUUCCCCAACCCUGGUACAAGGAGAGGUUAAAGACGAAGUACCUCAAAAAGAAUCCUACCGCGUUGUCUGAUGCUUUGAAUGGACACCGAUGGCGUUUCUUGAAAAGUGGGCUGGAUGAUUUCCGCGAUGGCUAUCCACCUCAGACACCGGAAGACUUAGCCAUGGUAUACAGUGUGAAGGGCGCUGGUCUUCAUCCCUUUCUCGUGAACGUCACCGAAACGUUCAAACCUGCUCAGCGUGUGUCAAACAGGCUUACUAAAUCACAGAUAUGUUUUUCCAAGUCUCUGCCAUUACAACAGACUCGGAGGGAGCAACUGGAAGAGAUUGAAUAUGGCUUGAGUCAGCAUCCAUUAGCUCUUUAUCCACACCUGGAAGAAGGAAUACCUCCAAAGCUCUUUGAGGUAAUUGUAGGUCUCCUGGAUCCAGAGAUGCUAUUGACUGAGGAUCUUUGUGUAGAAGUACCUGAGGAAAUGAAGCAGACAGUUAUAAAACCAAAAAAGACUCAACACAAAAAAUGUUUAGAAAAUGGUGAAGAAACAAAGCAAAGAAACCCCUACAAGUGGAUUUUAUUCAAAAGGAAAGAGAAAGAAGACCAGAAAACCAAUCGAAAAUGGGAUAAAAAGAAAGGACAAGAUGAAGAAAUAAAACAAAUAACAAAGGAAUUUUGUGACUGGGUAGCUUCUCUGGGUGGAGACGACCACAAUAUAGAAGAAUCUACAAUCAUGAGUCUUUUUGCGAGUGACUAUGAAACCAAUCCUGCCCUACCUAUACCUAUCCAAGUAAUGGAGUUGACCAACAUUCCUACCGAGCUAAGGAUGACAGUGGGAACACCUCCGCUACGACCUUCACGUAGAAUCCCCCAAACCACUAACUUGGAAUCCACCCAGCCAUAUGGGGAUAAAUAUAUAUAUGGAGCCUGGUAUUUGGACCCAAAGACAUGGACAAAAAGAAGAGCUGAUGAACCUCUGGUUGAUCCCAAUUUUGUGGCUGAGAAAGACAAAGUAAUUUUACCUGAAGGAGCUGGAGAGAAGGAUGAAGAAAUAAGAGGACUUCAAGCAACAAUAUCUUUCAAGAAAUACAUAGAGGAUUUAGGAUGUAGGAAACCAGAGUUCCUGGAGAAAUUAUUUGCUGAAGUUGAUGAAAACAAAUAGAUAUCAGAAGAACAGCUUGAAACAGAAACCUCAGGAAUGCAGAUUUCAUUCUUCAUGAC